AUGGAGACAAGGAUAGUCAAAGUCCCGAGCAAGGGCUCCCUAGGCCAGUUUCGACCUGGCGAUGGUCUCGCAAGGUUGAAUCACUGGGAAGUUCAAUGUGAAAAUAACCUCGCUCUUGAGGCCCUGCAAGAUGCUGCUCACCUGCUACGGACCAAGGACACGCCUGUCGCAUUCCCGACAGAGACUGUAUAUGGUCUUGGUGCAGAUGCUACUCGGACUCCCUCAGUUAAAGGAAUCUAUUCGGCAAAGGGACGACCUUCAGACAACCCUCUCAUUUCACAUGUUUGCGACCUGGAAAUGCUGCGACAGUAUAUCGGUCAGACUGAAGAAACUGAUCCUAUACCCCAACGAUACAGGGCUUUGAUAGAGCGUUUCUGGCCGGGACCUCUGACCAUUCUUCUCCCUAACCCGGCACCGUCGAAACUAGCGCCUGAGGUGACUGCAGGUCUCAAGACCUUUGGCGUGCGAAUGCCAUCUUCAACCCUCGCCUUGUCUCUUAUCAAGUUAGCUGGUGUACCCCUGGCGGCACCGUCAGCAAACGCUUCCACCAAACCUUCACCCACAGCGGCACAGCAUGUGAUGGACGACCUCAACGGAAAGAUCGAGCUCAUUUUGGACGGUGGACACUGCCAAGUGGGCGUGGAGAGUACUGUUGUGGAUGGACUGUGUGACCCCCCCGUCGUCCUUCGUCCGGGAGGUAUCGGAAUAGAUGAGCUACGAAGCUGCCCCGGUUGGGAGAAUGUAUCAAUAGCUUAUAAAGACAAGAGCGAAGAGGGAAAAGCUGCACCUCGUGCUCCAGGGAUGAAGUACAAGCACUACAGUCCAAAGGCAACAGUAGUGCUUUAUGAGUCGAGUUUCGCAGAAGGGGUCAAUGGAAUAGCUUCUUUCGACUUGAAGGCGGCCAAUGAGACAGUCAAUGGCCAUGCUAGCAACGAUGAGCGGAAGGGCAGGGUUGUCGGGGUUAUUCGCACCCAGCGAUGGAAGUCAGGGGCUGGUCUGCGGUGCGCCAGCUUUCAGCAUCUCACCGACGUACAAGGAGCCGAUGAGGAUGACUCGCCAUUCCAAGUAUACGAGGGCGAUCUGUUGGAUGAAAAGGGGCAGCCAAUAGGAAAGAUCUUGGAUAUCGAUCUGGGCAGAGGCACUGAAGGAAUUGCGAGAGGUCUUUUUGCAGCGCUCCGGGAGUUUGAUCGACGAGGCGCCGACACCAUUUUUGUUGAUGGUAUAGACGAUAGAAGCGAUAUCGCAGCGGCGGUCAUGAAUCGGCUCCGCAAAGCGGCUUCAGAGACUAGAGCAUGA